CUUUCUCAUAACGUGGGCGUUUCUGGCAACCUGCAUUCGAUUAGACAUUUCGUUAUUCCGUUUCAGGAUCUCCCCACGCCCAAGUUUCUGCCUGCCAACGCCUGACGGUGUACCAUUCCGUCGGUUCACAGUCGCUUCCAACGAGCCAAUAGAUACAGCCGCGCUCCCCCACGACGCUCACUCGCUGUCGAGGGCCGCUUGCAAAUCUGUCGUCCGUUGCCAAACACCGCUUCGUGCCCUCUUCCUGCUCUGCGCCGCCCUCCCUUCAUGAUUUUGCGCUUCCCUGGAGCGCGGGAAGCGGGCUGCCAUCAUGUCCAACGCAAAUAGCAUCAAGGUUGUGGCUCGAUUUCGCCCGCAGAACCGGGUCGAGAUCGAGUCGGGCGGCCAGCCCAUUGUCAGCUUCGAUGGCCCAGAUACCUGUACCAUCGAUUCACGAGAAGCCCAGGGCAGCUUCACCUUUGACCGCGUCUUCGACAUGUCAUGCAAACAAUCCGACAUUUUCGACUUCUCCAUCAAGUCAACCGUAGACGACAUUCUCAACGGCUACAAUGGCACUGUCUUUGCCUACGGCCAAACUGGCGCCGGCAAGUCAUACACGAUGAUGGGCACGAAUAUCGACGACGAGGAGGGCAAGGGCGUCAUUCCGAGGAUUGUCGAGCAAAUCUUCACCAAUAUUCUUUCCAGCGCGGCAAAUAUCGAGUACACGGUGCGGGUCAGCUACAUGGAAAUUUACAUGGAAAGGAUUCGCGAUCUUCUGGCGCCGCAGAAUGACAAUCUUCCCGUCCACGAGGAGAAGAACCGCGGAGUGUACGUUAAGGGUCUGCUGGAGAUUUAUGUCUCGAGCGUGCAGGAGGUGUUUGAGGUCAUGCGGAGGGGCGGCAACGCACGGGCGGUCGCCGCGACGAACAUGAAUCAGGAGUCGUCACGCUCGCACUCAAUAUUCGUCAUCACCAUCACCCAGAAGAACGUCGAGACGGGCUCGGCGAAGAGUGGUCAGCUGUUUCUGGUCGAUUUGGCGGGUAGUGAGAAGGUUGGCAAGACGGGCGCCAGCGGCCAGACGCUCGAGGAGGCCAAGAAGAUCAACAAGAGUUUGAGCGCCCUGGGCAUGGUCAUCAAUGCCUUGACAGACGGCAAAUCCUCCCACAUUCCUUACCGCGACUCAAAACUCACUCGUAUCCUGCAGGAGUCUUUGGGUGGUAACAGCCGGACAACGCUCAUCAUCAACUGCUCCCCAAGUAGUUACAACGAUGCCGAGACCCUCAGCACGCUGCGCUUUGGAAUGCGCGCCAAAUCCAUCAAGAACAAGGCCAAGGUCAACGCCGAACUAAGCCCGGCCGAGCUCAAGAUGAUGCUUGCAAAGGCCAAGACGCAAAUCACGACCUUCGAGAACUACAUUGUUAACCUAGAGGGCGAGAUUCAACUAUGGCGUGCUGGCGAAACGGUGCCCAAGGAGAAAUGGGUGACACCCCUCUCCGCAGACGGUGUGGCGGGAGCAAGGGCAGAUGCAAGGCCUGCGAGACCACAAACGCCGUCCCGGUUACUGACUGACAGGUCAGGGGCCGAAACGCCAGGCAUCUCCGAGAGAGCCGGGACUCCCAGUCUGCCUCUGGAAAAGGACGAGCGGGAGGAGUUCUUGCGCCGAGAGAACGAGCUCCAAGACCAGCUGGCCGAAAAGGAGACGCAAGCGGCUGCAAUGGAACGGCAGCUGCGGGAGACGAAGGAAGAGCUGGCCGUCCUGAAGGAACACGAUGCGAAGGUUGGAAAGGACAACGAGAGGCUGAUCAACGAAUCAAACGAGUUUAAGAUGCAGCUGGAGAGGCUAGCGUUCGAGAACAAAGAGGCGCAGAUUACCAUGGACGGCCUGAAGGACGCCAACUCGGAGCUCACGGCCGAAUUGGACGAGCUCAAGCAGCAGAUGCUCGAUAUGAAAAUGAGCGCCAAGGAGACGAGCGCGGUGCUGGACGAGAAGGAGAAGAAGAAGGCGGAAAAGAUGGCCAAGAUGAUGGCUGGCUUUGACCUCAGCGGGGACGUCUUCAGCGAUAACGAACGGGCAGUCGCCGACGCCAUCGCGCAAUUAGAUGCUCUGUACGAGAUCAGCUCCACCGGCGACCCGAUCCCGCCCGACGACCUCAAGGCGCUGCGGGAGAAGCUGGUCGAGACGCAGGGAUUCGUGCGGCAAGCCGAGCUGUCCGCGUUCAGCGCCGCGUCAAACGAGGUGGAAGCUCGGAAGCGCUCCGAGCUUGAGGAGCGCCUGGAGGCCCUCCAGCUGGAACACGAAGAUAUCCUCUCGCGCAACCUGGAUGAGGCGGACAAGGAGGAGGUCAAGGCCAUGCUCGCCAAGACGCUGUCGGACAAGUCCAGCACUCAAGUGCAGCUGGUCGAGAGUCUCAAAGCCGACCUUGCGGUCCGGACGUCGGAGAACGAGCGGCUCAAGGCGCUCGUCGACGACCUGCAGCGGCGGGUCAAGGCCAACGGGGCGGUCCCCAUGACCAACGGCAAGACGGUGCAGCAGCAGCUGGCCGAGUUUGACGUCAUGAAGAAGAGCCUGAUGCGAGACCUGCAGAACCGGUGCGAGCGCGUGGUCGAGCUCGAGAUCUCGCUCGACGAGACGCGCGAGCAGUACAACAACGUGUUGCGCAGUAGCAACAACCGCGCGCAGCAAAAGAAGAUGGCCUUCCUCGAGCGCAACCUUGAGCAGCUCACGCAGGUGCAGCGCCAGCUCGUUGAGCAGAACUCGGCGCUCAAGAAGGAGGUGGCCAUCGCCGAGCGCAAGCUCAUCGCCCGCAACGAGCGCAUCCAGAGCCUUGAGAGCCUGUUGCAGGAGAGCCAGGAGAAGAUGGCGGCUGCCAAUCACAAAUUCGAAGUCCAACUGGCCGCUGUUAAGGACCGCCUCGAGGCCGCCAAAGCCGGUAGCACGCGCGGGCUGGGGCCGGAGACGGGGCUCGGCGGGUUCAGCAUUGGCAGCCGCAUCGCCAAGCCCCUCCGCGGCGGGGGCGAGAGCACGGCCUCGUCGGCGCAUCCCACCGUCGCAAGCCUGCAGAACCCGCCCGAGAAUAAGAGAUCGAGCUGGUUCUUCCAGAAGUCGUGAGCGGAGCCGAUGCCGGUGUCGUUGUCACUUUCGCGGGUUGGGAUCGGCUGGCUUGGGGGUUGGUGGGCAUGAGCUCAAUUGAGGGUGUGUUGGAGUGGUUCGUGUGGAUAUACCCUCCUUUUGUCAGAUGUUGGGCAGGUGUGGUGUUAAACAGGGGACUGGAUAGGGUAGGGAUGGUUCUCAUUGCGUAGAUGUGGGGUCAUACGGGGUGGUGGUAACCGGUACCUGGGCUAUCUAGAUGUUCUUGUCGACCCACGCGUUUCCUUCUGAGGUACCCUAUCCUGUAUACUUGGUCGACCGGGGUUGCUGGGGGCGAGGUGUGAGGGGUAAAUGAGAGAGAUCAGGGCGGCCUGCAUAGCUGGGACUUGGGGUUGGGACGGGAGUUUCUGGUGACUUGAGGGGUGAAGCACUGUUAUUGUAAUUUGCAUCGUCUCAAGGAACAGACAGUAUUCAUUCAUCUUGUCUGGAG